UCAACGGUACUAAAUGAAGGCCAUGCUCGAGGGGAAUGGGCGCAGCCAGUCAACGAUGCCACCUAAAUAGUAUGUCUCCAUGCCUCCAUCGAUGAUUCAGUGCCUUUCAUGUUCCUGCGUUUCCGCAGCUUUCUUUAUCAGAGAUCGUAGAAGUCUCAUGUCUGCAACAAGUGUGCGAGAGGCAGAGAAGAGGGAGGAGGAGUGUUCAUAGGGACUUGCAACGGUUUGAAGGUUGCCAGCUGCCCCUCGGUCUCGGAUUGGAGAGGAGGUGUGGUGUUGAGGCAUCGGAGGAGGUAGCCGCUUGGCUACUACGACGACGACGGCUCCACCCUUACUCCCUCCUCCGUUCUCCAAAAGUUGCUUCCUUUUGCCGCAGUUCGUCCUCGACUCCUCGGCAUUGUCUUCUGCCCCUACUUUCCUCUACUUUUUUGGCGGAGAGAGAACUAGGUCGCGGAUAGAGAGAGAAAGAGAGGUGGGUCGUCUCGAUGGAGCGCGGAGACGAACGGAGAAUCGAAGGGUGGUUGUACCUCAUCCGGUCGAGUCGCCUCGGACUACACUACUCGAGGAAGAGGUACUUUGUCCUCGAAGGUAACGCCCUCAAUUGCUACAAGAACUGGCCCGCGCCGGACGGAGAGGAUCCCAGACGCAAAGCACUGAUUGAUUCCUUCACUCGCGUCACAGACAAUGGCAGAGAGAGCAUCCAGAGAAAUGUCUUCUAUGUCUUUACCAUUUAUAACACUUCCAAGCCCAACGACCGGCUGAAGUUAGGUGCGAGGAGCUCUGAAGAAGCAGCUAAGUGGAUCAAAUUGGUAAUGGGAAUAACAUUCAAGGAGUUCCCAAACAACGAUAACGAUAAUGCGAAUUGCUUGAAGAAAAAAUUACAAUCUAUUAGGUCAAUCCCUAUGAAUGAGAGGAGAAGAACACACUCUAUAGAUUGGACCGUUUUCUCAUCUAUGAAUGAUGAUCCAAUUGCAUCUGAUGUAAUGGCACCUUCCAUGUGGACAAUAAUUGGCUGUAAAAAUGGUUUGCGAUUGUUCAAAGAAUCCAAAGAUCUCAAUUUCCCAACCACGGAUUGGGAUGAUCAUCCAGCAAUAAUGGCUGUUGGUGUUGUAGAUGCUUCUUCUGAGGAAAUUUUCAAUACUGUAAUGUCUCUGGGACAGUCUAGAUCAGAAUGGGAUUUUUGUUUGUUGGAUGGUGAAGUUGUAGAACAUGUGGAUGGCCACACUGAUAUCAUUCAUAAGAAGUUGCGCGGAGACUGGUUAUCAUGGGGAAUGAAAAGAAGGGACUUACUAUUACGGCGUUACUGGAGGAGGGAGGAUGAUGGAGCAUAUGUUGUACUAUACCACUCAGUCGUGCAUCAACGAUGUCCACCGGAAAAAGGCUACAUCCGUGCCUGGCUUAAAAGUGGAGGAUAUGAAAUAUCUCCAGUGAGUCAAGGUAAACAAUCAGUUGUAAAACAUAUGCUUGCGAUUGACUGGAAAUUUUGGAAAUCUAGUUUGUUUACAUCGUCCGCGAUGGGUAUAACAGUGAAAAUGUCAGGGAGGGUUGCAGCUCUCCGAGAAUUCUUCCGUGCAAAAAAUGGUAAUUGCGCCUUAGAUUUCUCAUCAGAUUAUUUGAAUGGAGAGAUGGUGUCACCCCAGAUGGCAAAAGAGCAAAUCAAGCUAGAAAUGCAUCCAACAAGCGAGAAUAGUAGGAUCGAAAACUUUGCGGGAUCCACACACACGCAUACAGGCAGUGGUCCUGGUGGAUCAUUAGAUCAAAUGACUGAUGCUGCAGAUGAAUUCUUUGAUGUUAUUGCUGAAUCAGACUACAAUCUAACAGAAGCACUUUGGCCUUCUGAUGAAGUGCUGCAAUCCCAGUUAGAGCAAGACCCUGAAGUGAAUAGUCUAGGUACUGCAAAAGUUUUUGUGAAGAAAUUGCAUGAUAUUACAGUUGAAAAAAAAGAUCAUGCUCAAUCAGGAGAAGUGCCUGCAAGGGACCGCAAGCCAUGUAGCUAUGGAGACACACUUACCCAAGAUACAAAUUGCAGUAUGCCUUGCAGUUGGGCCAUGGCAGAUCCUUCAACAUUCUUGAUUCGUGGCGCAUCUUACUUGAUCGAUCAGCAAAAGGUGAAAGCCAGUACCACAUUGAUGCAGAUGGUGGCUGCUGAUUGGCUGAAAUCCGAUAAGCGGGAAGACGAUCUUGGGGGACGAAGCGGGGGAAUUGUUCAGAAAUAUGCAGCACAAGGCGGCAGCGAGUUUUUCUUUAUUGUGAACAUACAGGUCCCUGGUGCAACUACAUACAGUCUAGGAUUAUAUUAUAUGAUGGAUGCUCGGCUAGAAAGCAUUCCUGUCUUAGAAAGUUUUGUCAAAGGCGACGAUGCUUAUAGGAAUUCAAGGUUUAAGCUCAUCCCAUAUAUAUCUAAGGGUUCUUGGAUAGUGAAGCAAAGUGUGGGUAAGAAAGCCUGUCUUGUUGGCCAAGCACUGGAAAUCAAUUAUUUUCGCGGCAGCAACUACAUUGAGCUUGCGAUCGACGUUGGUUCAUCAACAGUUGCUAGGGGAGUUGUCAGUCUUGUUCUUGGUUACUUGAACAGCCUGGUGAUAGAAAUGGCAUUCCUGAUUCAGGGCAACACACAAGAAGAGCUUCCAGAAUCCCUUCUGGGAACAUGCAGAUUGAACCACCUUGAUGCUUCCAAAGCUACUUCAGUUAACCCUUAGACAUAUACUUUGACGUGACUGCUUAUUGUACUUCCAUUAUCGGCUUGAUCAAGUAUCGUCAAAUGGUUAAUGUAUUGAAUCAUUUUAACAAUCUUUUUCCCCCUUGUUCUUUGAUGUAGGAACUUGUGAGUAUAGGAGGAGGUUUUCCUUAGCUCACUCCUGUUGAUAGUCACUCACAUUUUACCUUCUUCUGCAACAAAUUGUAUAUUUUAUAUCAAGUUUUCCUUCCUUUGCAAAUUGUAAGAAUCAUAAUUCGAACGAUGUAAAUUCGAAAUAUAUAAUAAGAUCAAAAUUU